UUCUCUGCUGCUGACUUCAGUAACUGAUUUUUUUAAUGCAUGUGUAAAGCAAGUUAGAUUAGUCGUUAUCAUACAGUUAAUAACGACAACAAUAUUGUUACUAUUUAAAUACAACUAUAUUGCUAGCUGAACAAAGCUGCAGCCAGAGCAAGUAGCUAAAGAGCCUCUUGUGUCAAAGGAGUUUGCUAGCUAGCGUGCCAGUUAGCCGUAAUAUUAGAAUAGCUAGUGCUAACGUGGCACAAACUCGGCGAAGAUGGAGUUUGCGGCUCUGUUUGCCUUGACCUUAUUAAUAGGAAUGCUAAUAAUUUUGGUCGCCGUCGCAGUGGGAAAGCAGAAAGGAGAAAUAAGUGAACAACUAGAGCAGAAUGAAUUAGACUCAGUUGCAGAGAGAAAUGCAGUGAAGGCUCCCACUGCCAAGAAACAGAAACAACAACAGCGUCCUCGCAAGGAGAAAGCCCAGCAGCACACCUUCAGCCACCCUCUCCUAGCAUCAUCCUUGAAGAGUCACAGUGGAAAAGUGACGUCCCUGGACUUCAGCAGCAACGGAAAGUACCUAGCCACCUGUGCUGACGACCGCACUGUCAGGAUAUGGAGCACCAAGGAAUUCCUGGACAGAGACCACAAAUGUUUGAGGGCCAACGUAGAGCUGGACCACGCCACACUGGUCCGUUUCAGCCCUGAUUCAAGGGCCUUCAUUACUUGGCUGGCUAACGGCGAUACCAUUCGCAUCUUCAAGAUGACCAAGAAGGAUGAUGGGAGCUUCACUUUCAAAGCUGCCCCUGAAGACUUCCCACAGAAACACAAGGCCAAUGUCAUCAAUAUCGGCAUCGCAGAGACGGGCAAGUUCAUCAUGAGUGCCUCCACCGACACCAACAUCCUCAUCUGGGACCUGAAAGGAGAGGUACUGGCCUCUAUCAUCACCAACCAGAUGACCAACUCCUACGCUGCCAUUUCACCCUGUGGAAGGUUUGUGGCUUCCUGUGGCUUCACUCCUGACGUGAAGGUAUGGGAAGUGUGCUUCGGGAAGGGUGGUGACUUCAAAGAGGUGACCCGCGCCUUUGAUCUGAAGGGCCAUUCAGCAGGGGUCCACUCCUUUGCCUUCUCUAACGACUCACGCAGAAUGGCCACCGUCUCCAAGGACGGCACUUGGCGGCUGUGGGACACAGACGUGGAGUACAAAAAGCAACAAGACCCGUACCUCCUGAAGUCGGUGCCUUGCCAGUCGUCGGAAGGCAGCCGGGUGGCCCUGUCGCCAGAUGCCCGCGUGGUGGCUAUCUCCAACAGCUGCAGCGUGGCCAUGUACAGCACAUCCACUGGUCAGCUGGAGGAGGAGUUCCACGGAGUCCACAGCGAGGAGAUCACCGAGCUGAGGUUUGACAUCAACAGCCGCUACCUGGUGUGCAGCGGGGACCGGGCGGUACGUGUGUUCCACAAUGCGCCAGGCUACCGUGCAGCCAUCCAGGACAUGCAAGCCAUGCUGAAGAAUGCCCAGAACGAGGGUAUGAAACAAAGGCUGCAGCAGCAGAUACAGGAGGUGCAGAGCACGCUAGACACUGUGCUCACGGCACCCAAGGACUAAAGAACUAAAGACCCCCCGGGCUGGCUGUGUAGAUCCCUCUUUCUAUCUCUCUCUUCCUCCUUUUCUCUCUCACACUGCCUCUUCACAGAAUGGCCUGCAAUUCGACUCCUGUCAGGGAUGUGGCAUUUGCAUGCUGGUUUUAAUAAAUCAUGUGUUUCUACAGAAAUAUGGCUCUGUUUUGUUUUCUGAAUGCUCUGCCUGCCUCCAAAAAUCAAGAAUACUAUGUGUUACCUUACCUCUACAUCGACCAGUAAUACUACUAUAGGAGAAUUUGCUUUGACUCUGGUGGUCUUUGUACCUUUUUAAAAAUGUAAUAAAAAUGUUGUACCUACAUGUAA